AUGAUAGAUUUUAAUGAUUUAAAAUUAUUAAAUAAGAAAUUAAAAUGUGAAUUAGUUAACAAAAAGAAAAAGAAAAUCCAUCAAUCAAAAACAGAUAGUGGAUGGGGUUGGAUUAUAGUGAUAUCGUCAUUCAUCAUUCAGUUAAUAAUUGAUGGAACAUUUGGUGGAUUUGGAGUUUUAUACGUAUCCUUACGAAAUGACCAAGCAUUCAUCAAUGAAAAUUACUCACAAACAAUAUUAUCGAUGCCAGGAACUAUUCAACCUGGAUUUUUUCUCUGCACUGGUGCCUUUGUCAGUCCACUUAUCCAAAUGUUUGGAUUUCGUAUCAGUGGUUGUUUUGGAGCUUUAUUACUUGGUCUUGGAAUGUCAAUAGCAAGUUAUCUAACUAAUAUGCAUGCUAUAACAAUAUUUUAUGGAAUGAUAUCAGGUUCAGCUUUUGGCAUUCUAAUGGUAUGCGCUAUAGUCUCAGUCAAUUAUUAUUUUGAUCGUUAUCGUGGCUUAGCAUCAGGCUUGGCAAUGUCUGGUGCAGGUGUUGGUACAUUAUUAGUACCAGUUUUCUACAAUUGGAUUAUACCGAUUAAAGGCUGGCGUUCUAGUUUAUUAUUCUAUUCAUUGGGUGCAAGCUUAUUAACAGCACUGGCUUCAUUGACACUUAAGCCAUUUAUAACAAGUGAUAAACCCGAAUUAACUGAACAAUCCAUUGUUAUAGAAAAUCUGAAACAGCUUACAUCUGAUCAAAUGUUAGUUAUGAAAACUAUUCCGAAAAUUACUUACGUAGAUGAUGAUGUAACUAACUUGCCUGAAAAAUGUCAUAAUAGAACUGUCGAUAAAACUGCCAUUCAUUCAGACUGUAAACCUGGUCAUUCUGUAUGUGAUUUUAAUGAAGAAAAAAAAGAAAGAAGACUUUCUAUUGGAUUUACAGAUGCUUUACGCCAGUAUUUAUUAAAUCAAAAAGGUAAUUUGCUACAAAUUCUCGAAUAUUUUGGUUAA